UGCUCUUCCUCCUGCAGGAGUGUGUCCUCCAUGGAGCGUGUGCUGCUGCUGUGUGUGUGCGUGUUCUGCGCGUCCUCCUCCUCCUCCGCCAUGCUGUGCCCCAAACGCUGCACCUGCCAGAACCUGCUGCCCUCCUACACCGUGCUCUGCGCCAAAACCGGCCUGCUCUUCGUGCCGCCCAACAUCGACCGGCAGACGGCGGAGCUGCGUCUGAUGGACAACUUCAUCACCAGCCUGCGCCACCGAGACUUCGCCAACAUGAGCAGCCUGAUCCACCUCACACUCUCCCGAAACACCAUCAGCCAGAUCCGACCCUACGCAUUCGCAGACCUCCAGGAUCUACACGCAUUGCAUCUGGACGCAAACCGGCUGACGGUUCUAGAUGACACACACUUACAAGGCCUGGUUAAUCUCCGCCAUCUAAUACUAGCCAACAAUCAAAUCCACAGCAUCUCAGAAGGAGCCUUUCAGGACUUCCUGGAAACUCUUGAAGAUCUCGAUCUGUCGUAUAAUAAUCUGGUGGACUUACCGUGGGACACCAUUGCGAUGCUAGCCAGCGUCAACACCUUGAGUUUGGAUCAUAACCUGAUUGAGUUCGUUCCUGAGGGGAUAUUUUCAAAUCUGCAUAAACUAGCUAGACUUGAUAUGACGUCCAAUAAGCUGAAGAAGAUUCCUCCGGAUCCUUUAUUUCUGCGUAUUCCUGUAUACGCCAAGAUGAAGGGAUCACCGCUGACCGCACUGGUGCUCAGUUUCGGGGGGAAUCCGUUGCAUUGUAAUUGCGAGUUGGUUUGGUUGAGACGUCUUACUCGUGAGGAUGAUCUGGAGACCUGUGCAUCUCCGAGAGAGCUUGCUGGGAAGUAUUUCUGGACGAUUCGGGAGGAGGAGUUUGUUUGCGAGCCGCCGAUGAUCACUCGACACACUUCUAAGAUGUUUGUGAUGGAGGGUCAGGAGGUCAGCCUGCGCUGUCGGUCCGUCGGCGACCCUGAACCCAUCGUGCAUUGGAUCAGUCCUGAUGGGAAGCUAAUCGCUAACACUUCACGUACAGUAUGCUAUGAUAACGGCUCUCUGGAUAUCCUGACCGCCACAGUGAAGGAUUCUGGCGUGUUUACAUGCAUCGCUUCUAAUGCAGCCGGUGAGGCUACGGCGCCGGUGGAGUUGGUUGUGAAUCCUUCACCGCAUUAUGAUCCCAAACUGGAGCCUGAGCCGGGACCCUCGGAUAUGCCCACGUCUAUAAAGUCCAACAGCAGCGGCAGCGGAGGGCAGAAUCGAGCUGAUCAGCGGGUCACGGUUUCAGAAAUUACGCCCAGCUCUGCUAUGAUCCGCUGGCCUCCACAAAGCCAGAUUCCUGGAGUGCGCAUGUACCAGGUCCAGUACAACAGCUCCACUGAUGACAUCCUCAUCUACAGAAUGAUUCCUGCUUCCCACAAGCGCUUCUUGCUGAGCGAUCUGGCCUCGUCCCGUGACUACGAGCUCUGCGUUCUGGCCGUGUAUGACGACGGGAUCACGUCUCUAACCGCCACACGAAUGGUCGGCUGCAUAUCAUUCACCACAGAGCGUGAAUUUCGCCACUGCCGCUCCAUCCACGAUCAAUUCCUCGGCGGCACCAUGAUCAUCGUCAUCGGCGGCAUCAUCGUAGCGUCAGUCCUCGUCUUCAUCUUUAUCCUGCUGAUGAAAUAUAAACUCCACAGCCAGCAUUACAAGCAGAAAGCAGCCCGGGUUAGUAAUGUUUGCUCCCAGACCAACGGUGGCCAGCAGGGGGCGACAUCCGGUCCUCCGCCACGCUCGUCUUCUGGAUCCGCUAAUAAACCAUCCGUCCCGCUGGGGUCCGAAAGACAAGAAGGAUCCCAUGGAAUGGAGGGAGGAUACGGGGCUCUGAGAGGAACCACGGUGGUGGACUUAAACCCAGAAUAUGGGAAAUCCGUCAAAGAGGACGACUCCAUAUCGCAAUAACACAGGGCUCGGUCCCACCUCCCUUCCCAUUCUCUUCACUCCACACAACUUAUUCUGUUUUGUUUUUGUUUCCGGCGUCCUGCGGCCUUACUGGGGGUUUUCUCCUGUCCAAGGCAAACCCACAGUCUGGAAGCUAAAUGCAGGAUGCCAAUGGAUCCAAUCUAUUAGCAGGACACGCAGCGGCGGCGGCGAGGCAAAACCCAACAGCCUUCUUUAUGCAAGACUCUCCCAGACCGUGGAUAUUACAGUAUGUGCCUCUCUGGAGCACACAAGCAAUGUUUUCUUUCUUUUGCUUUUUUAAAUAUAGAAAGAGAAUCAUCAUCAAUUCACUUCACGGAGGGAAACGCUUUGGGAAUACGCCGCGGAUGUUUCAGUCAAAUAUUAUGGGAAAUGUUCAAUUGCGACGGUCCAGUCCAGUGCCAAAGGAUUGAAGCGUGUGGAUUUAACAUUCUCCCGAAGGCUCCGAAAGACUCGAUGGAUUAAUGCUGACAAAAGUAUUGACUUCGGUACCAAUCUGUGGUGAAAUUUGAAAAACAUACUAACAUUUAAGCGCUGUUGAAAACGUUCAUAAACACCACUGAUUGGUCAUCGUGCUCAUGUGCUCAACAGAAAUGACUGUGAUUGGCUGUAAAGAUCAUCGGUUCACCACAUGAAUCUCGGGGUGCAUCGCUAGGCACUCUGCGCCUAUAACGGAAGUUCGAAAGCACAAAUAUUGAUUAACAUAACCUAAAUCAUCAAACAGAACAACAAACAAGAGUCGUUUUUCCAAAAAGAAUACAUUAUUUAUUAUUUUAACAUGAACGAUCAUCGCUUGACAGAUUCGGAAAAAUCUAGCAAACAUUUACAUCUGUGUAAUGGCUGAAAUGUUGCUUGUAUAUGAAAUAAUCUAAAUAUUUAGCUAUGAUAAACCUUAAAACGUGUAAUAUUAAUACAUUAACAUAUGAAAAAGAUUAGUUCUGCUGUUGUUUAUAAACUCCAAUUUUGAUGAUGUACAAUGAAGAUGUUCUCAUGUCACACUCAGUGAACCAAUCUCAUCAGUGCCUUUUCUAGUGCACAAAAUUUGUGCACACGACCUACUGAUGAAUGAGCUAUGGUGCUAAUUGCAUACCUGUCAACCCUCCUGUUGUCCUGGGAUUCACCUGUAUUUUACAGUUCUAUCCCGCUAUCAUCCCCUAAAAGUAUUUUCCCGUAUUUUCAGUCUCUAUCGGAAGGGUGGCAAUAAACAUUGAAGAGCCAAUCCUCCCUUUAUGUAACCCAUACAUCCGAACCACCAGGGGUCGCCCCUUUCCUCCUAAAUGUGAGUCUGUUCUGCGCUUUUGUUGUAUUUAGGCAUGAAAACUUUUUGAAAUAAAUAUAAAAACAGAGGGAUUGACUUUCCUUUUUAAUACAGGUGUCGUUGAUCCUCCUACGCCAUCCUCAAAACAGUCAUAUAGCAGUGCGUGACUGUCAGCUUACGCGCUUCCCAAACAAAUUCUGUACACGUGAUUUGAAACGGAGCAAAAGUGCGUGUUUGAACAGACAUCUACACAUAAUUAAUAUUAAUAACAUCUAGAGAUCUUGGCAGGGGCGGGGCUUUAAGCACAACUAAUUUUGUCCUAAAUUAGCAUAAAAAAUUUGGUAAGCAAUCG